AUGAAGCACUUAUUGCCAGAAAAGUUCUCCUUGCUCCAGGAGUGGAUCGACGCAUUUCCAGAAAACGAAGUUUCCCCUGUUGAACCUUUCGGCGGUUUGGUGGCCAAUCUCAACGUUAGUACAACCUACCACAGGGAUUGGAAAGACUGGGAUAUUUGCGGCGUUCUUGUCAUCUCCGACUGCAUUGAUGGAGCCAUUACAGCGAAUGCCAUGAAUGGCAAUAUUACUACUAGAAGCGGUAACAAACCUGCCAGCACCAGCUCUAGGGCUGGCACCGUCAGCGGCAUUGGGCGCGGAGGUGCUUCAGGGGCAGGCAGGGGCCGCGGAGGAGGGGCAUCCAGAGCUGGAAGUGUUGGGCCCAUGGCUGCUGUGGCAGGAAGGGGUACGGGCCAGAAAGUGAAGGUCAGCAGUGAUAUUUCCACAGAAGACAUGGCUCUCUUUUGUAGAGUUAAAAAGCAACUUGACGCCCAGAAAAAAUCAGCCAAAGACGCUGAGGAUGCAGCUAUUUCAAAGAAGAACAGGCUUCUUAUGGAUGCUGAAACUCUGCCCAAUGGAGCUCAGGUUGCUGGCGCAACAAGGAAACGGCGCCGUAUGGUGCUAGAUGACAAUGAACUGGAUAUUGCUGAUGAUUUGGAGCCUAUCACCACCUCUCUUAACCCUCCUGUAGAGGAACCAGAGACUGCUCCUCAAGAACCUGAGGAGGAAGACGAGGAAGACAAGCCGGAAGAACGUUCCACUAGGAAUGAAGAUGAUGACGAUGUUGAAAUGGUCGGAGACGACGAGUUUAACGACGAGUUCAACGAGUUCAACAACGGCGAUCGUGAUGCCUAUGAGAACACCUUCAAAGACAAUGGGUUUCAAUCUAUUCCCAAGAGCACUACCUCAACUUCUUCUGUUGCGACCUAUUCGAGGGAUUCCACGCCCUCGAUAACUAUGGCUAUCACUGGCAAGGCUGGAAGACGCACUGGAAAGAUUACCGACCGAAUCCGUUAUUUAGCGGCUUUCACCAAAGCCUUUCCUCCUACUGCACUGUCUGAGCGGGUGGACUAUGCUUGGAAGGCUGUCAAGGAGGCUGUUAACCUUGAUGGAAACCUUCAAGACGCAUACGGCUUCAUCGUCCGGGAUCCCCAGAUGAAGAAAAACAUUAUUUCCUUUGGCUUAUAUGCAAGAUCUGGGAUCACUAGCCCCAUAGUUUCUACUGUUCGCACGAAGAUGGCUGAUUUCUAUCGUCUAGGAGGUGGCAAUGAAAAGAUAGAGGAAGAUGUCGCAUGGUUGCUAAAAUCAAAGGCAUUCAUGUAUGGCGGAGUCAACGUCGCAGAAAGAGAAUAUGACGACAUGAAGCCAUUUGGCUCAGAAUUCAUGAUGGAGAUGAUUGAAAUGCACUGGUUUCAUGGGGGCCGUUCAAAUGCAAAUGAAGAGGCAACUGCUCGUAUGAUGGAAGAAAAAAGUAUUCCUCCAGCUGUAAUGUUUAUUGUGCUAGUGGCGAUGGAGCACGUCCUGAAGGAUUGGAGUAAAGGCGACGUAAAGGCAAAGAGUCCCUUCUACGAGAUACUCUCUCAGGCAAGCUUCGCUCGCCAUCUUGAGAAUUGGGAUAAAAUCGAACAGGAGGCACCCUACUGGCCGCGUUGGUGGAGUCGCCAAAUCUUCUCUUUAAUUGUGUACAUACAAAAACCUGAGGAUAGAACUCAAGAGAUGACAGAGAAGGAUUUAGAGAAGGUCAACUUCCAGGCCUUGAAUCGCCUGGCAGGAGGGCCUGGCUCUGCUCCUGCUGCCCCUACUGCCCCUACUGCCCCUACUGCCCCUGCUGCCCCUACUGCCCUUGCUGCCCCCACUGCCUAG